UAGAGGUUAACGAAUUCUUUACGGUAUUUCAAUGAGUUUCAAUAUGGCUGACGUGUCAGAAUCGAGUGCUCGGCUUCCGGAGUCAAUUCUAUUGUUCAGUGGAAAAAGAAAAUCUGGGAAGGAUUACAUCACUAAUAAAUUGUUCGAUGCGCUGGGUUCGGACUUUACUGUUAUAAUAAAGAUCUCAGGCCCCAUAAAGAGCCACUGGGCGAAGUCUCGGAAUCUCGAUCUAGAUCGGUUACUGAGUGAUGGGGAAUACAAAGAAAAAUAUCGACUUGAAAUGAUAAAAUGGGGAGAAGAUAGGAGAAGACAGGAUCAUGGAUAUUUUUGUCGGGCUGCUAUUGAUAUGUAUAAUGCCAGAGGCAAGAGGAUUUGGAUAGUCAGCGAUGUCAGAAGGAAAACUGAUGUCCAGUGGUUCAGGGACAAUUUUCCAGGGAAAUGCCGAGGCAUUCGGAUUAAUUGCACAAAUGAAACAAGAGAGAGACGUGGCUGGCGAUUUACUCCAGGAGUCGACGAUUGCGAAACCGAGUGUGAUCUGGACGACAUCGAGGAUUGGGAUUUAACGAUCAAUAACGAAGGGGAAACCUCAGAGGAUAUACUAAAACAACUACUCCAUCUGAUCGAACAACGAUAGCUCCAAUUACCUCUAAAAAAUUCUUCUCCCCUUAGUUAAAUCCCAUAAUUAUCCAUGUAACAUUGAAAAAAUAUAUUUUUUAAGAUUAAAAUCAAAA